UUGUUUUCUCAACAACCAGCAGAAGGAAGAAUGUGAAAUCCCUGCUUAAGGGUGUGAGGCGGCGAGCUAAAAAAAGAACCGUCCGUUUCUUACUGACUAUGAAGCUCGAUAUCUUUCCAGUGGUGUAUUGAUCCGUGGACAUGAUGGGUAAACUGACCGGGUUGUGUGUGCUGCUGGUGUUGUCGGUGCUGAACGUCGCUGUAACCGAGGAUACUGUAACACCGGUGUACUUCACGGAUGGUGGAGAUCUAACGUUAGAAGUGCGGCCUGCUUUUCCGGGUCACAUCAACAACAUCGUGUGGAUAUUCAACGAUAAUCUGCUGGCUGAGUGGGUGGAAGAUGAGGGUUAUUACCUCAGAAUUAAAGGACGAGCAACCCUCACCACAGAGACUGGACAGCUGAUCAUCAACAACAUGAGCAAAGAGGACGAGGGCGUGUAUUCAGUGGAGAUCAACGACAGAGUCCAGAGUGAGAGCUAUCAAGCUAAAUUGAUCAAGAAGGUCCAGAAGCCCAAAGUAGUGGAGAGGACAUUGACUUGUGGAGCUAUAUCUCAUAGAUGUAGGUUCUCCUGUGACUCAGACACCACCGAGGCUGAACCCAUCACCUACAGCUGGAAGAAGGGAGAUGGAGAGUGGAAGGUGUCUGGGAAGGACAUCACCAUCACCAGAGAGUAUGACUCAGGUGGGAAGACCUUCACCUGCAGGAUGGAGAACCCAGUCAGCCGGGAAGAAAGUGACCCGCUCUACAAGGAGCUUAUUUCAUACUACACUGGUGCUGUAAUUGGGUAUGUUGUUCCUUUCAGUGCUGCGGCUGUGGCUGGCGCUGUGGUUGGUUUGGUUGUGGCAUGGAAAAAGAAGAUAUUCCCCAUCAAUAAAGGAAGCAUCAACAUCCCUGAUCCUGCACAUGGAAAUGGACAGCCAACUUCUCCUCCUAGUGACAGUUCACCUAAGACAGCUGAGAACGUACCACUUCAGGAUAACCCACAAGACACAAAGUCAGACGCCAAAGAAACUGCAUGAAGUUGAGGAGCUCAAAUAGUCCUCAGACUUCUAUUUCUGCAUACAUGACAUGUACAAACAUGUUCAUUUUUUGUGUUGUAUUUUUUAGCAGUCAGCUGUGUGCAUCAUGGACUGUUACUUGCAGCAGAGGGAUUUUCAUGACAACAAGGUUGUUUUUUAGAACAGCAUGAAAAAUUAUUGUAUUUUUUAUUUAUUUUUUAUUUUUUAAACAGCCACCUGUGUGUUUAUAUAUGUAUGUAUGUAUGUAUGUAUGUGGGUGUUUCUGCAACUAAAAUCACUUUUGACUCUCCUAAAUAAAAAAAAAAAA